AUGGAUGAGAAAAAUUUCAUCCACGUGAAAGAGUUCAUACUUUUAGAGUUUACAGCUGACUUAUGGUUACAAAGUGUGCUCUUUUUCAUCUUCUUCAUCAUUUAUAUCAUCAGUCUUUUGGGGAACAUCACCCUGACUUCUCUGAUCUGUGCUGAUUCUUAGCUUCACACACCCAAGGAUUCCUUCAUUGGAAACCUUUCAGAUCCAUUCCUGGAUCUCUGGUAUUCCUCUGUCUAUGCUCCCAAAAUCCUUAUGACCUGCAUCUCUGAAGACAAAAGCAUCUCCUUUGCUGGCUGCCUCGCUCAGUUCUUCUUCUCAGCUGGCCUGGCCUAUAUUGAAUGUUAUCUGUUGGCUGCCAUGGCUUAUGACCGUUAUGUGGCCAUCUCCAACCCCCUGCUUUAUUCCCAGGCAGUAUCCUCAAGUCUAUGUACCAGCCUUGUUGCAGCUUCAUACCUUGGCAGCUUUCUUAACUCAACCAUCAUUACAAGCAAGACGUUUACCUUGAGCUUCUGUGGGAAUAAUAUCAUUGAUGAUUUUUUCUGUGAUCUUCCUCCCUUGGGAAAGUUGGCCUGUGAUGUGAAGGAGAACUACCAGGCUGUGCUCUAUUUCAUACUUAUGUCCAAUGUCAUUACUCCCAUCAUGCUUAUUCUUGCCUCCUACCUCUUCAUCGUCACCAUCAUCUUGAGGAUCUGCUCUAUCCAGGGCUGCCUCAAGGCUUUCUCCACUUGUGCCUCUCACCUGACAGCUGUCACCUUGUAUUAUGGUUCAAUUAUCUUCAUUUACUCCCAACCAAGUACGAGCUAUGCCCUGGAAAAAGAUAAAGCGGUGUUGGUGUUCUAUACUGUGGUGAUUCAAAUGUUGAAUCCUUUGAUCUAUAGUUUAAGAAAUAAAGAUGUUAAAGAUGCUCUGAAAAAAAUGGCAGACAGAGCAAAGUGUUCCUAA